ACUACUUAUAGGGACAGUCUCGGCCGAAACUGAGCUUCAGUGCAGUAUCGAUGUAGAACCCGUCUUAGCUGUGGAAGUCUAAAGCUCUCAAAGUAAAUCAGCAGGCGACAGAAGAUGAUGCUAACAGCACGAUUCGGCCGCAGCAGGGUGAUUAACAGAGUAAACGCCGUGUUGAUAAUGGCCAUGAUGGCUGCAUACUACAGCUUACACCUGAUGGUGCUAAGAAUGGAACAGCUCGAACGGCGGAUAGACAGAGAGCUGCUUUCAAUGAACGGCGGCGAAAACAUGUCGCCAGAAGCACAGGAAGUUGAGGACGAACUAAGCCAGUACAGCUUCAACUUUACCAUCGAUAUGAACAACCCGGGGAAAUGCAACAGCAGCGAAGAGGUGUUUCUUCUUAUACUCGUCACCACUUCGCCAGAGAAUCACAGACACAGGUUCGAGAUUCGACAAACUUGGGGGAACGUUUCGAGCGUCUCCGGAGCCAACAUCAGGACCGUUUUUGCCGUGGGAAAACCAAAGAAUAGAGAGGCGCAAGUCGCACUGGAAAAGGAGAACACAAUACACCACGAUAUUAUACAGGGGAAUUUCGUGGAUUCGUACAGAAACUUGACCUUAAAAACAAUGCUAUGUUUGAAGUGGGCUAUGCAGUAUUGUCCACAGGCAAGAUAUGUAAUGAAAGCAGACGACGACACUUUCGUCAGCAUCUUCACGUUAGUAAAACACUUACAGGAGCUUCCCUCAGACACCACAGACUUUGUGACUGGGUUUGUGUACAACUCUAGGGUGCCACUCAGGGACCCAUUCUUCAUACCGAAAUGGUAUGUCAGCUGGAAAGAGUAUCCGAGGGAUUCCUACCCCAAGUACCCUUCCGGAUUUGGGUAUGUCCUUUCCAGUGACAUCAUCGUUAAGAUCUACCAAGCAGCAUUAGAUAUAAGAUAUUUUUUCUUAGAAGACGUGUAUAUCGGACUGUGUAUAGAGAAACUAAGCAUCAGUCCUGUACACCACUCCGGAUUCUGGCCGGAGUUUGUGGACAUUCCGUCUUGUAGAGUUGAUUGGUUGCUAGCUAGUCAUUGGGUAAAGGAACCAGAGGUUAUGCUCAACCAUUGGGCAAAACAAAACACGAACUGUUCGCUGGUUUCCCAGGACAAUGUUGAUGAUCAAGCGAGUGAGUGAAUACCCGAGUGAGUGAGAGAGUGAGUGAGUGAGUGAGUGAGUGAGUGAGUGAGUGAGUGAGUGAGUGAGUGAGUGAGUGAGAAAGAUUCUUGUCCGCUGUGGGCGCUAACAGAACAAUGAAGAGCACAUGUCCACUCUACAAUCUACUGUAAAUAUUUACUGUGCACCCUAACUUAUCAGGUUUGACAUUUUCGAACAGUGGAAGACAAAAGAUCCUACUUUUAAAAAUGAUAUGUGGAUUCUCUGAUGUUAAUAAGAGAAUUGUCUUCUUUUUGUCUGUAAAUAAGGAAAAUUCGGAUGUUGCCUUAAUUUUGUUAAAGGCUCACUUCUCAUCGUAGAAGGACAAACUAUAACUAAAUGUAUUUUGUCGUCCACAACAAUAUUUUCUCAGGUACAGACUUUCAGAACACUUGUAACAUGGUCCUGAAAUUGUUAAUUUUAUACAAUUAGAUAUAUCUCUUCAUAGCCAGCAUCACUGCGAUAUAUCUGCUUAAUACAAAGAUGAAGGAACUAAUAAGAAUUGAAUCAGAUAACUUUACCACAUCUUCUGCUAAUGCUUAUGUUCGUAAGUAAAGCAAUUGCAAGCUCAAGUGUCGUUCGCAACAAUAUUUUCUCAGGUAAAGACUUUCGGAGAACUUGUAACCUGUGGUCCUGGAAUUGUUUUAGUUUAGAUAAAUGCCUUUACAUAUAUCAUCACUGCGAUAUAUCUGCCUGAAUACAAAGAUGAAGGAACUAAUAAAUUGAAUCAAGUAUUGCA